CAGCAACAACAACAAAAAACAAUGAUGGUUUUAUUGCCACGACGUACUGAAGAUCAAGAACAUGCCCAUCGUCGUAUUGAAAUUGUUCAUAAUUAUGCGAAAUUGAAAUCCUAUGAAGAUGACACCUCAGAUAGUCAAUCGCCAAAUGGUAGCCGUAACAGUAGCUACUUAGAUGAUGAGGAAGAUGACGGCGACGAUGAUAACGAAGAAGACGACUAUGGUGAAGAUGAUGACAUGAAUGAUGCUGAUUAUGAUGCCGAAGAAGAUGAAAUGAUCGAUUUGGAUGGUGUCUACGAAGACAUAAUUAAACGUAGAAAAUAUCCCAAAUUACAGAAACAAACAUCAAUGGAUGUGGGUGGUGCAUUUAGUAGAAUGGUGGAAAAACAAACAAAACCCAAUGCUACGACGACUACUAGUACAACUUAUAAUAAUAUUAAUAAACGGUGCCCAAAUUUGACGAUCCCACAAACAAAACAUCACACAAUAACCAGAAAGGAACAUAGCGAUGAAGAUGGUGAUAUUCAUGUUGAUGUAGAUGUGGAAACAAUAGAUAAUCCUAAUUUACUAAAUCCCACCAUAGCUACAGCAACAAUAACCAAUUGUGGAAUAUCUAGGGGUGGUGAUUCUGUUGUGAAUAAGCCCGAUCAUCAUGCUCGUCGUCCAAUGAAUGCCUUUUUAAUAUUUUGUAAACGUCAUCGUGCUAUUGUCAAGGAACGUUAUAAGAAUUUGGAAAAUAGGGCUAUAACAAAAAUCUUGGGUGAUUGGUGGGCAUCACUAGAUGCCAGUGAUAAAGAAUGUUUUACGAAUUUGGCUCAACAGAACAAAGAUGCCUUCUUCUCAGCGAAUCCCAAUUUUAAAUGGUACAAACUGCCAGCACCACCCCUACGUACUCUAAAUAUACGUCCAAAUCAAAUUGCCGAAGGUGGUGGCAACGGAGAUAUAAUGGAGAAUGGUGAUGGCUGUGGCAAUUAUCAUCACCACCACAUCACCACUGCAUCACACAGCAAUAGAAAUUAUUUCAAAUUAGCUGAUGAGGCACAAAUGGGCGAUUUAAGUCAAUUAAUGCAAAAUAAAUCUGGACCACAACAAUGUGCCUUACAACAGGCCCUUGGAGAAACAUCACAAUUUAUAAGGUCUCAUAUUACGGGCAACGUUGACGAUACGGAAUUGGUAGAAACGAAGUCGCUGAAACGUCCGCUCUACAAUGAGAAUAGCUUUUCCAGUAACAGCAGUGAAGAUGACACUUUAAUACCAAAGAAAAAAAUCUCCCGGUCAUGUAAGGGCAAAAUCUAUCAAGAGUUAAUAAAUUCUGGUCAGAUAGCAGCACCGGCUAUUAAAAAAUCAAAGUCAAUGCAACGUUUUACCACAGAGCUGUCUAGCCAACAAUCUAAUAUGUGUUGUUCUUCGGAUACCCCAAUCAUGAUGGGUGGUCAUAGAUAUGCCAAUGAAGUCAACAAUCAAUCAAUUGUAAAUGCGAAUAACAACAACAAUAAUGCCAGUAUGCAAAUGGAUAGGAGAAAUAAUUUUGAUCUGAACUCGGAAGCAACCAAUACAAGUUCUCCCGAUAUGGUCAGCUUUGAUUUGGAGGAGAAAAUCAAAGAACUUCCAGCCUUAAGUUUAGAUGAAUAUUUACAACGUAAACGUAAUACAAAAAAGAAAAAGAAAUUUACCACCAGUGGCAAGAAACGUAGCAAAUGUGGCAACAACACGGCUAGUGGUGGUCAGGGGACAAAUGGCAAUAAAAAUCAACAGCCUCAUUAUGGAACCCUUGAGGCCAGAAUAAUUCAACAACGGAAACAACAACAACAGGCUGUGGGUAGUCAAAAACGUAAGGCACGCAAAGAAAGCAUUACACGCCGCGAUGUCUCAGCAAUUGAAGAAGAAGUAGCCUCCCUGCUGCCUGUAACCAUUAAUGGUAGUUGUUAUUAUCAAGAAGCUACCACUUUGCCAUUAUCCGCAAUUACCUCAUCAUAUAAGAGUAAUACAAAAGACAUGAAUAGUCCAUCAAGCCCUAAUAGUAGCAAACCGACAUCACCAAUCAUUCCAUUGAUAUCAACAACGGCAACUAUAAUGACAACUGCUGCUGUCACUGCUGUGACACCAACAUCACAACGGGCAUUAUCCACACCAGGUGGUGAAACGGAAAUGUCCAAAGAGUCGUUGACCAAUAAUACCAAUACCUUAAAUGACAAUAUAUCAUCUACCUCAGAUUUACUCAUACUGGCCGAAGUCGCUGCCAAUCGCACUGAAAAAGAGGAUUAG